GUAUAGCUGAUACUGCAGUCAAGAGAGGUCUUGUUCCAGUGACUGAGCGUGGAGGAACUGGAAUAGGCUCUUGCUCCUGAACUUUCUAGUCUGCACAAUGCGUGAAAUUGUGCAUCUUCAGAUUGGCCAAUGUGGAAACCAAGUUGGAUCUAAGUUCUGGGAAGUGAUAAGCGAUGAGCAUGGAAUUGAUAUCUCUGGAAACUACCAUGGGGAUUCUUCAGUGCAGUUGGAAAGAAUUAACGUGUACUUCAAUGAAGCUGUUUCCCAUAGGUAUGUGCCCCGUUCUAUCUUGGUGGAUCUGGAACCUGGAACUGUGGAUAGCGUACGGUCUAGCAAAAUAGGCCCUCUCUUUCGACCUGACAAUUUUAUUCAUGGUAACUCAGGUGCUGGCAACAAUUGGGCUAAGGGCCACUAUACAGAAGGAGCUGAGCUGAUUGAGAACGUGAUGGAUGUGGUCAGGAAUGAGUGUGAGAGCUGUGAUUGUCUGCAGGGGUUUCAGCUCAUCCACUCUCUUGGAGGAGGCACAGGGUCUGGUAUGGGCACACUCCUCAUCAACAAAAUCAAAGAAGAAUACCCCGACAGGAUUAUGAACACCUUCAGCAUAGUGCCUUCACCCAAAGUUUCAGAUACAGUUGUAGAGCCGUAUAAUGCCAUACUGUCCAUCCACCAACUGAUAGAGAACACAGAUGAAACUUUUUGUAUUGACAACGAAGCUCUGUAUGACAUAUGCUUUAGAACCCUGAAGCUCCCCAGUCCCACUUACGGUGAUCUUAACCAUCUUGUUUCCCUGACUAUGAGCGGCCUCACCACCUCUCUCCGUUUUCCUGGUCAGCUCAAUGCAGAUCUGAGGAAGCUGGCUGUAAACAUGGUCCCUUUCCCUCGCCUACACUUCUUUAUGCCUGGAUUUGCUCCACUGACGGCCCGAGGCAGCCAACAGUACAGAACUCUUUCAGUGCCGGAGCUUACCCAACAAAUGUUUGAUGCACGGAACAUGAUGGCAGCCUGUGACCCUCGUCAUGGACGAUACUUGACUGUAGCAUGCAUCUAUAGAGGACGAAUGUCUACCAGAGAAGUGGAUGAAGAGUUGCUGGCUAUCCAGACUAAGAAUAGUAGCUACUUUGUGGAAUGGAUUCCUAACAAUGUAAAAGUGGCAGUGUGUGACGUACCUCCACGUGGCCUGAAGAUGGCAGCCACCUUUAUAGGCAACAACACAGCUAUACAGGAACUUUUCAGGAGAGUUUCUGAACAGUUCGCAGCUAUGUUCAAAAGGAAAGCAUUUCUCCAUUGGUAUACUGGUGAAGGCAUGGAUGAAAUGGAGUUUUCUGAAGCGGAAGGCAACACCAAUGAUUUAGUUUCUGAAUACCAACAAUACCAGGAUGCCACAGCUGAUGUAGAGGAAUAUGAAGAGGUUGAAGUGGAACAUGAAGAGGCAGAAGUGAAAACUAGCCAAGAACAGGAAGCAGUAAUAGUAACAUCAGAAAACUAUCCAACAGCAGUCUGAAUCCUGAUCUUAUAUAAAGCACCAACAGUUCCUAUCCAUGCAGCUGAAAGAACUCUUGCAAACUUAUCUAUUUCUAUAUUAAACCAAAAUAGCAUAAACAACAUUGAUUUUCACUUUGAAAUGAACCAUUAUGUUUUAGCUUUCUAAAUAAUUGCUGGUACUAAAACUUUCCUGAAAAGAACCUGGAGGGCAAGUUGUAGUGUGUCAGGCUUGCUCAAAAACUUACUUGAUUUAAAAAUAUCGUAGAUUCUGAAUAUAACAUAGUGUGUUGUGUGCAUCUUUGGAGUGGCAGUGACAACUCAUGGACUUGAGUGUUGACAUCAUAAGCUCUAAUUGUUAUAUUGUUUAUUUGUUUUAAGGUAAAUGUGGACAUAGGUGGUUUUUGUUCAGAAAUUUCUGAGCUUUUUAAAGCAAUCUUGUGGACCCACCAGGCUAUGAAAGCACAUCUUUGCCAUGCACACCAAGGAGCUGUUUGAGUCAGCUGGUACAGAAAAAAAGUUUACAAUGCCUUUUAGGACACUUGCUUGCGGAGUGAAAGGGGAACACCCCUGUUUAUGCCUGUGUGUGUGUGUACACCUUUUUUCAUAUAAUGGAGGAGCUUUUGGUUUCACAAUCUCUUCUGCAUUUCAGUUUUUAAUUUCAAAGUUUAGCUUGGUUUAUAUUAGUAGAUUUGUGAGCACUAUUUAGGAGUGGUCUUCGGUGGGGGGUUUUCCCAUAUUUAAAUGUAUGUCACUUUUUCUUCCUCUUUGGUCCAGUGAUAUAUAGUCGCAUGCAGCUGGUUUGAGAUGUUAAGCCUAUCAUAGAGGUCAGUAGUUUAUUAUAUUCAGGAUUAAGCUAGAAGCAACAAUGCCUCACCUCCAGGGGAAAAAAACAUUGCUAGGCAACUGUGUUUUUGCAUCUAUCCAACUAACACUAUUAUCUAUUUAUAUUUAUAAUAGCUACCACUAUGGUGUCUAGAUAUUUUCUAAACCAUCCUCACAUUUUUAUUUUAAAAAGUGGACAGUUUUAGUCAACUAAAUUUUACUAACUUGAAUAGGCUUUUGUUAAAAUGUUUUUUGCCUUGUCUAUUAAGUGUUUCAUUAAAGGAGAGGUAUCUUAAACAUUUAUUUCUCAUAAGUUACAGACAAAUCUGAACUUAUUUUAUGAUAUACACUAUUUAAAAUAAAGUCAAGACAAAAUU